AUUGCAGCCUGAUGCAGAUACCGAAUAGCAGCUGAGUUAAAACGUUUCAAUUGCUAUACGGCACAAAAGGAAUCACUGAUUCAUCUUUGCUAUUUUCUGCCUAUUUAAAGUCUCGCUUGUCCAGGCUUUGUGUGGAUAAGAUGGGAUACAGCAGGUGUGUGCGGUGCGACAGCAUUUUAUUGCUUUUUGUUACUCUUCACUCGAUCCAAGGAGACGUGAGCUAUUCUAUCCCAGAAGAGAUGAAACGUGGAUCUGUGAUUGGAAAUAUCGCGAAGGAUUUCGGUCUUGAUGCAGGACGACUGUCUACUCGUAGAGCUCGUAUCGAUACUGAGGACAACAACGUUCAGUACUGCAGUGUUAAUCUCAAUACCGGGGAUUUGAUUGUGCAGGAACGAAUCGACAGAGAAGGACUUUGUGGGAAAAAGGCGUCAUGUGUUCUCAAACAGGAACUAGUUCUGGAAAAUCCUUUAGAACUGCAUCGGUUUAAUAUCCGUGUUCAGGACAUUAAUGACAACUCACCACAGUUCAAAGAGGAUUCACUUAAAUUAGAAAUACACGAAUCGGCAGUGAAGGGUGCACGGUUUCCACUGGAUGAAGCACAUGAUGAAGACAUCGGAGAAAAUAGCGUUCAGGGCUACAUUCUUCAACAAAAUGAUCAUUUCACAUUAAAUAUAAAGACAAAGGGCAAUGGACGAAAAUAUGGUGAACUCAUCUUAGACAAAGAGUUAGACAGAGAAGAUAAAAACGAGAUUAUGUUGUUGCUUUCCGCAUUUGAUGGCGGCUCUCCUCAGAGAUCAGGUACUGUAGUCAUACACGUCACUGUACUGGAUGCUAAUGAUAAUGAACCGGUAUUUAGCCAGAAUAUGUAUAAAGCAAGUCUUCCAGAAAAUUCUCCUCUUGAUACUAUUGUACUCACAGUGAGUGCUACUGAUGCAGAUGAAGGAGUGAACGGUGACGUUACAUAUGCAUUUGAUCAUGUGUCUGAUAAAAAACAGAUUUUCUCUUUGGAUUCCAAAACAGGAGAGGUCAAAGUUGUUGGACCUAUUGAUUAUGAAAAAGAAUCGUCAUAUGAAAUGCAGAUUAGUGCAAAAGAUGGUUUGGGUUUGGCAUCAUAUGUAUCUUUAAUCAUUGAAAUUGUUGAUGUUAAUGAUAAUGCUCCAGUUGUAAACUUGAAAUCGUUGACUAACCCCAUACCUGAGAAUGUGUCACCUGGUACAGAGGUGGGCAUCAUUAAUGUACAGGAUAGAGACUCUGAGAAUAAUAAACAGGUCCGUUGCUCCAUUCAGCAAGGUGUCCCUUUUAAGUUAGUUCCUUCUAUUAAAAACUACUAUUCUCUGGUGACCACAGAACAACCGGACCGUGAACUAGUGUCUGAUUACAACAUUACAAUCACUGCCACUGACGAGGGCUCUCCACCUCUGUCGUCCUCUAAAACUGUUCAGUUAUCUGUAGCUGACAUCAAUGACAACCCACCUGUGUUUGAGGAGCAGUCCUACAGCGCAUAUGUGACUGAAAAUAACAAACCUGGAUCCACUUUAUGUUCCGUUACUGCUCGAGACCCCGACUGGAGACAAAACGGUACAGUGAUUUAUUCUCUGUUACCUGGUGAGGUGAACGGUGCCCCGGUGUCCUCCUAUCUGUCUGUGAAUGGAGACACGGGAGUGAUCCACGCUGUGAGGUCGUUUGAUUAUGAACAGUUCAGGAGUUUUAAAGUCCACGUGAUGGCCAGAGAUAACGGUUCUCCUCCGCUCAGCAGCAACGUGACAGUCAGUGUGUUUAUAUCUGAUGUGAAUGACAACUCUCCUCAGAUACUGUACCCCACCCCGGAGGGAAACUCCUUCAUGACUGAGCUGGUCCCCAAAGCUGCCCACGGAGGCUCUCUGGUGUCCAAAGUGAUAGCUGUGGACGCGGACUCUGGACAGAACGCCUGGCUGUCCUAUCAAAUAGUCAAAUCCACGGAUCCUGGCCUUUUUACUAUCGGACUCCACAGUGGAGAGAUCAGGACACAGCGGGACAUUUCUGAAUCUGACAACAUGAAACAGAACCUUAUUGUGUCAGUGAAAGAUAACGGACAGCCUCCUCUCUCUGCCACCUGUGCCAUGUACUUACUUAUUUCUGAUAACUUGGCUGAGGUUCCAGAACUGAAAGACAUUUCUUAUGAGGAGAAGAAUUCCAAAUUGACCUCAUACCUUAUCAUAGCACUGGUGUCAGUUUCUACAAUAUUCCUUACUUUUAUCAUUAUCGUCAUGGGUGUGAGGUUUUGUCGCAGGAGAAAGCCCAGACUGUUGUUUGAUGGAGCAGUUGCAAUCCCCAGUGCUUAUCUGCCUCCUAAUUACGCAGAUGUUGAUGGAACAGGAACUUUACGCAGCACUUACAAUUAUGACGCCUAUUUGACAACAGGAUCUAGAACCAGUGACUUCAAGUUCGUCUCCUCUUAUAAUGACAACACCCUACCAGCAGAUGAGACUCUGAAAAAAAGUCCAACAGAUUUUGCUGAUAUGUUUGGAGAUAGUGAUGGCUCACCUGAGGUAGGCACGUAUUCCAUGUUUUCAUCCAAUUUUGAGUUUUGUAAAGAAGAUAUUGUCACGUUUUUCUCCAUAUACUUUCUUCCAUCUAUCUUCUACGUUUGA